AUGAAGUACGCAUUCGUUGCCGCCGGCCUCGCCGCUCUAGCCUACGCUCAGGUUGACGAUGUCCUCUCCGAGAUCACCUCUGCCGUCGGCGGCGUUCCCAGUGACGUCGCCAGCGUCGCCACCGAGAUUGCCUCGGGUGCCGGCAGCGUCGCAACCGAAAUCGCCUCUGGCGCGGCCUCAGUCGUGACUGAUGCCAGCGGCGUCGUCUCCACCAUCACCGACGGUGCCGCCUCGAUCGCCACUGAGGGCGCCAGCGCCGUCGAAUCCGCCGCCAGCUCUGCCGUCUCUGGUGCUUCUUCUGCCGCCACCGCGGGAACCGGUGCCGUUGGCUCUGUCACCUCAAGCCUCGCCUCGGACUUCAGCUCUAUCACUAGCUCGGUGUCAUCGCGUGCCAGUGCCGCUACGGCGGACGGUACCUCGACCGACUCUGAUGACGGUGCGGCCAUGAUCACCGGCAUGCCUGCUAUGCUUGUCGCGGCUGGUCUUGGCGCCGCUGCUCUGCUCUAA